UUUAGGAACCCCAGCAACUGGGAGCUGUGCGGCACGCCGUGCUGCCUGUGAUGUGGGGAGUGAUGAAUGGGCCGUUCUGCUUCCCCUCUGGCAUGCCUGCAGCUACUUACCGCCCGGCCAAGUAUAAAACCGCGGCCGGCUGCGCUCCGUCUCCAGCCCGGCGUCCCCCGAGGAGACCACGCGCGGGAGCCCGGCCGUCUGUCUUCCCCAGGAGGCUCCCGGCUCGCUGAGAACCAUGGUCCGUGGGCACCUGCUGGCUCUGUUUGUCCUCCCUCUUUGCCUGUGUCAAGAUGAAUACAUGGAGGUGAGCGGCAGAGCUAAUAGCGUGGUGGCCAGAAUAGUGCAGAGCCACCAGCAGACCGUCCGUGGUGGCUCCAGGAGGGAGACAGUGAGAGAGCGGAGCCACCCGAGAGCGGGCACUGUGGCUAAUAACGCGUCUGCAGACCCAAAGCCCCCGAGGCCAGAUGAGCUCCCGCACCCCGAGGUAGAUGGCCUAGCCCCGAUCACCCCGUUCUGGGGCCAGUCUCCAUCACCGGGAGGACUGCCCCCAGACUGCAGCAAGUGUUGCCAUGGAGAUUACAGCUUCCGGGGCUACCAAGGGCCGCCUGGACCUCCUGGCCCCCCUGGCAUUCCAGGAAACCAUGGAAACAAUGGCAAUAACGGAGCCACUGGCCACGAAGGGGCCAAAGGUGAGAAAGGAGACAAAGGAGACCUGGGGCCACGAGGGGAGCGAGGGCAGCACGGCCCCAAAGGAGAAAAGGGCUACCCGGGGGUCCCACCGGAACUGCAGAUCGCCUUCAUGGCUUCCCUGGCCACUCACUUCAGCAACCAGAACAGCGGCAUCAUCUUCAGCAGCGUUGAGACCAACAUUGGGAACUUCUUCGAUGUCAUGACUGGUAGAUUUGGGGCCCCAGUGUCAGGUGUGUAUUUCUUCACCUUCAGCAUGAUGAAGCACGAAGACGUUGAGGAAGUGUAUGUGUACCUCAUGCACAACGGCAACACGGUCUUCAGCAUGUAUAGCUACGAGACAAAGGGGAAAUCAGACACGUCCAGCAACCACGCGGUGCUGAAGCUGGCCAAAGGAGAUGAGGUUUGGCUGAGGAUGGGCAAUGGCGCCCUUCACGGGGACCACCAACGCUUCUCCACCUUCGCAGGCUUCCUGCUCUUUGAAACUAAGUGAAUAGAGGAUAGACCAGCUCCACUUUGGGGAAAACUUGUAGCUGAGCUGGUAUCGUUAAGAUGUGAGGAACAUUAGAGUUAAGGGUUCUACAUGUUGUAUUUUUUUUUAAAAAAAUUUAUUGGUCACAUUGUUAAUCAUGCUACAGAUACGGCAAUAAUGUGGGAUGACUCAGGGGUUCAGAAGAAUCAAACACAAAACAGUUUUCCCAAGUGACCUUGUCUAAAACACUCACCACCUUUCUCUCUCUUCCCCAGGCAUCUAAAAGAGAGUUCCCCUCUUGGUACAGGUUGGAAAGACUGGUUCCCAUCAGAGAGGUCAUUUGCAAAGAGUUUUGGCAGCUCUGUUUUUAAUUUAAUAGCAGCUCUCAGGAACCCCUGCAGCUUUGAGUUCAUCAUUAUAACUUUUCAGCAAAUAGGAUGCAGUGAUUAAGAUGGGGCUGAGGCAAGAGCAGGGGCACUUGCUAGGAUCGAGGUACCAGAAACAUGUGUAAAACCUAGACUGGGAAGUAGCACUUUGAUCCAGUGGGUCAACACUCAUGAAUAAAGUACAGAUCUUUUUUCGUCAUUCCUGAUAGCUCUUUGAUAGCAAAAGUAUUCACAAUGCCCACACAUUAUUGACUCAUCCUUUUUAAAAAACAAAACAAAACAAGGAUGUUACUGUAAUUAAACCGUAACUUCUAAUAGUUUGUAUUUUUCAAAAUAGAAUUUUUUCAUGAUCCAGAGUUGGGUUGACAAGAUCUGGUUUAUCAGGUUGCCUCUUUUCCACUGUGUUGCUUAGAUUACAAUAAAUCUUUGUAAUGCAGUGUAGGUCCACACUGUACCCAUAUAAUCACCUUUUCUCUAGAAAUUACCCUCAUGAACUUUACACACACUGACAAGUCAUGUUGAAGGAGCUGUAGACUUGGUUAUAUAUAGUCAAACUAAUGGAUUCAAGAUAGGAGACAUACACUAAAAUCUCUUAGCCUUUUUUUUAAAAUAAAAACGCUAUGACUUUUUUGAUUGCCACGUUUAGCCAAUAUUCACAGAGCAGCUGUGCCACUUGACUUCUCUAAAAAUCUAUUUUCCAAGGAUUAAAUGAGUCACCAAACCAACAUUCAUGAGGAUGCACCAUAGACACAUCUGAAUAUAAUACCCAAAGAUAGAACCUAAAAUUGGUCUACUUUGAGCAAAGACAUUAUCACUAGAAUAUGUGUUUACCCUGAUGUCGAAUCACACUUAAAGUGCACUAGAGAGAUGCUGUCUGACAGAUAUCAUACAAUGAAUUCCCUUAUAAGUAACGGGCCCUUAAUUUAUUUUCUGUUACAAAUUGGGUUUCCACAGAGGCUUAAACUAUGGGCUUCCUUUCUAUUGAUUACCCCUCUACAGCUGGAGGGGGAGAAAAUUCAUUAGGGCCGCUCUAUUAGCUGACAGUGUAUUUCAUGCUCAGUCAGCCUUUGACCCUUUUCUUCCCAUUUGCAAAUAUUUUAAAACUCUUCCUGAAUCCUCAUGUAAUGCUACUUAAAAUGGAAUGGAUAGUAGCUAAAAUGUGCUUGACUGGAAAUGUUUUUGUGAUUUUGUAUACGUCCCCAAUACCUCACCUUUCCCAUGGAAUGAGGUUGAAGUUUACUAUGAGCCAAUGUCAUAAAUGCCCUGUAACAGUGCAUUGGCAACAGAUAUUCAGAUGUUGCUGGCUAAGGGAAGUCCAUACCUAAAGAACAUACAGUAAAAGCCAAGUGCCUGUAGGAAGAUACCGGCCUGGCUUUCAGUCAAAUCGAGGCAAGAAAAAUGUAAUAUGCGUUAUGUGAAUCAUAAACACACCUUUGUUAAAUGUACUGUUUUAUAAUGUUCCUAAUAAAGUUGA